AUGCUGCAGUCUUGUCAGAUCUUGUCAGCCUGGAGGCAUGUAUGCAGCAUCCGUACAGGCGGGGUGAAGCGAUUCUCCUGUGCUCAAACUUUGAAACAGAGCCUGGAUGUUGGUAAGUUUCCUCUCUUUGUUUCAAACAUUUUCCCGGCUUCCCCGGAGGCUUCCCCGGCAACGGUGACGCUCGAGGCCGUGAAGUUGGGCGGCGAAGGCGUUUGGGGCCCCGAAGCCGUCCCCAGCGAUCUGAGCUGCGACGAGCUGCGUCGCCUCGUGGCCAAGGCCUUGCAGCUGCGCUGGCGCGCCGUGCAGCUGGCAUUCAAAGAGCAGGCCUUGGAGGGGCCGGAGAAGUUGGAGAAGAAGGGCUUGGUGGAAGGAAACUAUGAACUUCAGGUGGUUUUACAGGACAGAUCCGCGGAGAUUCGAACAAUUCAAAAGGCCAUUACAAGUUGCGCGAAAAAAGGGAACGUUACUUUGACUGAGGGCCUGUCUGAUGAUGAGGUGGUGGCUUUGGAGAAGAGGUAUGGCUUCACAUUUCCCCCUGAGUUCCUGGAGUUUCUGCAGGCUGGCGUCCUUGUGGGUGGAGGGUGGCAUGAUUGGCACACCUUGGCCUCGGGAUCGAUUUUAGCUGGCAGCGAAAUGGACUCGGUCGCCUCUCAAAUCCGAUGGCACUGCACUCCAGAAGAGGCUGAUUACUGGAGCGAGGGUGAGUGGGCUCCUCCAGAAGAAAAGACGGUGGAAAAAGCCGUUGAGUUGGCCACCAAGACCUAUCCACUAAUUCCCAUGCUUAGCCACCGCUGCACCGUGACCGUGCCACAUGGCUAUGGCCUACCGGUGAUUUCUAUGCACCAGUGCUCAGAUAACAUCCCGUAUGGCAAGAACUUCUGGGAUUGGGUGGCCAAGGAUGCUAACCUCCCAGAGGGCACCGUGCCCACGGAAUGGAUCGAAGUCCCCUCGGUGCCCUGGGAGGAAGUGCCCUUUUGGCGCUAUUGGAACGGAUGA